AUGGUGUCUGUACGAUCUGUGUUCGUGGCUCUAACCAUUCUUUCCAUGGAUCUAAGGAUCUCUCAAGCCAGACCUCAUGUCACUUUGAACGAGCAAUCAAUUGUUGAUUACCACCAACAAUGGAUGACUCAAUUCUCUCGAGUUUACAAGGAUGAAUCCGAGAAAGAAAUGAGGCUUAAAGUGUUCAAGAAAAACUUGAAAUUCAUUGAGAACUUCAAUAAUAUGGGGAACCAAAGCUAUACACUUGGUGUCAACGAGUUCACGGAUUGGAAAACAGAAGAGUUCCUUGCGACCCACACCGGCCUCCGCGUUAACGUAACUUCACUAUCCGAACUAUUUAAUAAAACGAAGCCAUCAAGGAAUUGGAACAUGAGUGAUAUCGACAUGGAAGACGAAAGCAAAGACUGGAGAGACGAAGGAGCUGUAACACCUGUUAAAUAUCAAGGAGCAUGUCGUUUGACAAAGAUAUCUGGCAAAAAUCUAUUAACACUGUCCGAACAACAGCUAAUAGAUUGCGACAUAGAGAAAAACGGUGGUUGCAAUGGCGGAGAAUUUGAAGAAGCUUUCAAGUACAUAAUAAAAAACGGAGGCGUUUCUUUAGAAACGGAAUACCCUUACCAAGUGAAAAAGGAGAGUUGUCGUGCCAACGCCAGACGCGCCCCACAUACACAGAUUAGAGGGUUUCAAAUGGUUCCAAGCCACAACGAGCGUGCGUUGCUCGAGGCCGUAAGAAGACAGCCCGUCUCGGUGUUGAUUGACGCAAGAGCGGACAGUUUCGGUCAUUACAAAGGGGGAGUGUACGCUGGGCUGGACUGUGGGACAGACGUGAAUCAUGCAGUGACGAUCGUUGGGUACGGAACGAUGAGUGGGCUCAACUACUGGGUUCUUAAGAACUCUUGGGGUGAGAGUUGGGGAGAAAAUGGUUACAUGAGGAUCCGUAGAGAUGUGGAGUGGCCUCAAGGAAUGUGUGGUAUAGCUCAGGUUGCUGCUUAUCCGGUUUUUUAA